GCCGUGCAAUGAUGACGCAAUCGUAGGAAAGUGCGCGUAGGAUUUUUAUGCUUUCUAUCUGUUUCACUGGAAUCGAAGAAGGCGCUGAAAUUGCGGUUGUUCAUGUGGACAGCCCUAGCAGUGCUAAAUGCUGCAAAUUAUUACCCCCCGAAGCUAGCUCCUGACCUUCUCCGUACGUUUAUCCGUUUCGAUGGGUUGUGAGUUCGGGUCCCUUUGGGAAAGGCUUCCCGGAUUACGGUUCUCCCCGGUCUCAGUGUUCGGUGGUGUGUAACGGAAACCGUUGGAAUCAACGGAAGUUUAAAAGUGAAGGAAAAAGUUAGUUUUCCGGCUCCAUAAGCGUGAAAAAUUGUGAUAAAUGAUGAGUAGUAGUGAAUCAAUUCUAUCGGUGGCUAAGAUGCCUUUGCUGCUGAUGGCAUCGGCGCUUUCCGGCGAAACCGGAAAUGGAACAAUCGCUAGCGAGGAGACACCGUUUAGUGAUGUGAACGAAAAUUUUGUAUCUUUGGUUGUAAAUGCCACCGAGCUUGGGAACGGAUCCGUUCCGAAAUCCGUGGCCGGCGGUGAUACCGCAUUGUCCGGCACGUUAGCUUACCUUUUUGAUGCCGGUCGCUUCCAGAUCCCACUGUACAGCGUAAUCUUUCUGCUUGCGGUCAUCGGUAACUCCCUGGUCAUUCUGACGUUGGUUCAGAACAAACGGAUGCGAACGAUCACCAACCUGUUUCUGCUGAACCUGGCCGUGUCGGAUCUGUUCCUGGGGGUGUUUUGCAUGCCGUUCACCCUGGUGGGAACACUGCUGCGGGAUUUCAUCUUCGGAGAGGUCAUGUGCAAGCUGCUACCGUACCUGCAAGCGUCUUCAGUGGCGGUAUCGGCAUGGACGCUGGUGGUGAUCUCGGUGGAGCGCUACUACGCCAUCUGCCAUCCGUUGCGGUCGCGUCGCUGGCAAACACUGAGCCACGCCUAUCGUCUGAUUGCGCUUAUUUGGUGCGGCAGUUUGUUUUUCAUGCUACCGAUUGCCGCCCUCAGCAAGCUUAUACCAACCAAUCAAGGCCAUCACAAGUGCCGGGAGCUAUGGUUCGAUCGGGGCUACGAACGGGCCUACAAUUUGUUUCUGGAUGUGAUGCUGCUGGUGCUGCCGUUGGUCAUACUGGGCGUGACGUACGCACUGAUAACGCGAAAUCUGUGCCGUGGGAUGAAACAAGGCUUUCGGCGGUGCUCAAAGGCAACGGCAACGUCUCGCCAACCGAGGCCAGCGACGGGUGCAGAAGAUAUUCGAUUUGAUAGUGCCGGUCCGGGAAAUCGAUGGUCGUCCCACCGGAAGAAUAAUAAUCGAGCGGCUGAUCAGUACAUGGAGGUUUACAUCCGACCAAACGGUAGCACCCGCACCCGAUGCCCAUCGAUGAAGCAUCAUCGAGAGUCACUACCGGCAAGGCAGCUGGCACUUGCGGAUAAUGCGACAGGAAAGGAAAUCAAUACGUCGUCGUUCAGCUCCGGCUGGAGUCACGAGAAGACAACAGCCAUUCAGUGGCCUCCGGAGCAGCUAUCGCCACCAUUCCGUAGCUACUCGUCGAACGCCACCGGCUCCAGCCCUGGGGGACGCUCCGCUGCCAGUGGCGAUUCUAGUGGAAAGGAAUCAAUGCGGGCCAAGAAUCCUGCUCUGAGAAAAUCCAACAUGGAGAAAAGCCUGAUGAACAAGAAACGCAUCAUCAAAAUGCUGUUCGUCGUGGUGCUGGAGUUUUUCCUCUGCUGGACUCCGCUGUACGUGAUCAACACGAUGGCCCUGUUCUGGCCCAGUACGGUCUACCACAAUCUCGGCUACACGGCUAUCAGCUUCCUCCAGCUGCUGGCCUAUUCGUCCUCGUGCUGUAACCCAAUCACCUACUGCUUCAUGAGCAGUGGCUUCCGGAAAGCAUUUCUGAACCUAUUCCGCUGGUUCCGGGGCGGUAGCAGCGAGACGUCCACCAGUGCCAGCGUGCGUAACCGUCGGAACAGUGCGAACUGUUCGGUGCACGUCAGCUGUGGAAGCAGCAAACGAAACAAACAACCACUGCUGGAAAAGGAAACCGGUCUGUCCACGGACUUAGCGCCGGAUGCGCUCUCAAACAACAAUGAUGGACUAACAACGGUGAACGGCAGGGAACAGCGGCCAAAGGGAUUGCAGCAUCGAUUACAUCAGCAGCGCUAGUCGAUAGUUAUGUCGCCAUAUCGGGAGAGGGUUGCGGUAGCAUUGAUAAUAAAUCGGAUUGCUUUUGGACCAAAUUGAGGGACAAUUGAAGAGGCAUACCAGGAAAUGCAUGGUUCGAUUGAUUAAGUACGUAAUAAAGUUCAAUUUAACGACCUAACAGUUUUGUGUUUCGUAUUUACCAUAGAGCGAUAUCGGAAAAAAAAACAAAACAAUGAUAUGAAAGUAUCUUGGCUCAAAGGCGCCAAUCGUAGUAGGCUACUGAAAAACAGAUUAAUAUUUAGACAUUCGUGCGCUAGGUUUUCAACCCAAUGUAAAUUCAUGCAAUUGUACAGUAAUAAAUACUGCGCGGAAACAUAACCUUGAAUUUUGAAUUGUGUGUGUAGGUAGCAUUUCGGUGCAUUCUCAGGUAUUGCUUGGCCGAUUUCAACGACCCUCAGUUUAGCUUAGUUGAUCGGUCAUUUCCUAUGGUUGAUCAAAAACCAGUUGAAAUUAUAUGUUGAAUUAGAGUGCCUAUAACCAGAGUGACGACAUCUCAUCCGUAAUGUUGGCAACAAUUCAAAACAUUCCAUUAGCUUUACAUUGAAUUGACAGGUCGUUUGCUCGUAUGGAACUGGUAGCUGUCAUUCCAAAACGAACAGCUGUCGCCACUCUGAUUCUAAGCACUCUAUGUUGAAUCACAUGGAUAAUAUUUGGGAAUAGUAGAUCAUGCUCAAAGUGCAACCUAUAUUGGUUGUGGAACGGAAGAGGAAUUUUAGUACAUGUUCAAAUUCUCCGGAUGGUUAUUACUCGAUUUUAAACCGACCAAAUCCCCUAUCGUACCUCGAAACGCAAUAUCGAAGACUCAUUCAUAAUAGGUGUCUGAUUUGAAAUAUUUAAAAUGUCUUGAUAAAUUUCUUACAGUGCACAGUGGUCCGAAACGGGAAAUUAGCGUGACAAAAAUAUUUUCACUAUUAAAUAUUAGUGUUUUGUAGUUGGUGUCUUCACAAAAGUUGUAUGUAAUCAAA